AUGAAACAAAUCAAUGUAUCCGUCGUGGGACUGUCAGGCGUGGAGAAGGAUAAAGGUCAGCUCGGUGUUGGCAAGUCCUGUCUGUGCAAUCGGUUCGUACGCCCCAAGACAGAUGACUACGCCAUCGAUCACAUCUCGGUGCUGAGUCAGUCUGACUUUAGCGGCCGAGUGGUAAACAAUGAUCAUUUCCUGUACUGGGGCGAGGUGCGCAAAACGUCCGAGGAGGGCGUCGAUUACAACUUUAGCGUGAUCGAGCAGACCGAGUUCGUGGACGAUGCAACGUUCCAGCCGUUUAAGGUCGGCAAGAUGGAACCGUACAUUAAGCGGUGUGCCGCGAUUCGCAUGUCAUCGCAGGAGAAGCUAAAGUACAUCUGCAAAAAUCAGCUCGGCAUCGAGCACGAGUACGAGGAGAUUGUGCUGCCGGAGGGACGCUUCCUCGUCGACGGGUUCGUGUGCGUGUUCGACGUGAGCGUCGUGCCAAACCGGACGGUCGAGAAGCAGGUCGAGUUUGUUACGCAGAUCAUCAACAACAUCCUGAAGGUGAAAAAACCGGUCGUGCUGGUUACCACCAAGAACGAUGACGCGAAUGAACUAUACGUGCGCGAGGCGGAAAAGAUUUGUUCGCGCAAAGAGUACAAGGGCCAGAUACUGCUGAUCGAAACGUCCGCUCACGAAAGCAUCAACAUCGAUCUCGCGUUCGUCGUGCUGGCUCAGAUGAUCGAUAAGGCGAAGCAACGAUCAAAGGUGCCAUCAUACACGGAAGCGGCCCGGCACCGGAACGAUCUGCUCAACGCAAGCACCGAGUACGUAACGCGCCUGAUCCGCACCCAGAUUACCGACCAUCGGUCUAUCUGGAGCAGCUCGUCCAAGAAGCUAUCGAACCAUCGGGAGUGGAUCGAUUUUCUCGAGCUGUUCGGGCAGGAGGCGGGCCAACGUAUCUUCCGACGGCACAUUAAGAAGCUGCGGGAAGAUUACCAAUCGAAGAAGCUGCAAAGCUACAUGGAUUCGUUCGCGUGCGUACUGCAGGAGAUGCUGCCGGACAUUAACGCGAUCAAUCUGGAGCUGGACAAUAGCUUUAACGAUUGGGCAUCGAUACGGAGCUACUUUCACGACCACAUCGACUACGAUCAGUACUUUUUCGAUGCGGUCGAGCGUGGUGGCAGCUGGGCGGAACUGAGCGACAUGAGCGAUAUGGAGGACGAGAAUCGGAUACCGUUCGACAUACUGGAAACGCCCGAUGCGGAGACGGUCUUCAAGAAUCACAUGAACGCACUGCAGCAGGAACAAAAGCGAUUAGAAUGGAAGAAACAGUUCAAAAAGUUGCUCGAAGAAACCGGCUACGUAACGCCGGGCAAACAGCUGUCCGAGGUGCGCGUACUGUUUAUGGGGCGCGAAUGUUUCGAAGCACUGUCCGAGCACGACUGCCAGCAAAUCUACGACAACCAUCAGCGGGAGCUGGUCGAGACGGCCAAACACAACUUCCAGGAGCUGCUGAUGGAGCAUGCUGAUCUGUUCUAUCACUUUAAAAACAUCGAACCGUCCGGUACGAUCACGCAAAACGACAUCAAGGAGAUAACGGACGUGCUGCAGGAGGAUUUGCGCUACAAGCUGCUCGACCGGCUCGACCAGGACCGGAAGGUGAUGCUGUUUCAGCAUCUCGGGUUCGUGCACUGCCCGAUACGCGAGCAUUGUCCCGCGUUUCCUAACUGUAUGGAUGCGCUGAUCGAGCGAAUAUUGAUCUCCAACCAAAACCUCCCGAAUCCGCGCUUCGCGCAGAAGGAUGGUCAGCUGCAGCUGAACCUGAUAGUGAUCGGGCUCGACUACAUUGCAAACGAUUUCAUCGACAAAAUACACCAGAACUGCAACGAUAAUGGCGAGUACAUUGUGGAUGGGCAGGUGUACGGGCUCAACAUUGAAACGAUCAAUCGCGACAACGAUUCAUUCUCGUUUGAGCUGCAGUGCAAGGGAUUAAUCUGUUGCUACUCGAAUCGGCAAACGUUCCAGUACGUGUACGAGGUGCUGGACCGUUUGCUGCAGGACAAUCUCGACUUUAAGGACAGCGUCAACAAUCUGCACAUUGUGUUUAUGAGCGACGAAAAGAAUAGCCAAAGCACGCUCCAUCAGCUGCAGGCCGAUGGGCAAUCGCUGGCGGAGAAACUACACUGUGUGUUUAUCGACGAGAACGAGUUUUAUAUCUCGCAGCAGCAAACCAAGUUCAUCAACACGACGCUUAACAGUGUGAUCGAUUCGAUACCGUUCGAGGAUCUUAAGUACGGGCUGGCACUACACGAACUGCCCGAUUUGCGCAUCAUCAUGUCACUGUUUUGUGGCGAUCCGUUCUCGAUCGAGAACAUGCUCAGCUCGAUGAUGCUGGAACAGUCGUGCAUUAGUGCAGGGGAGAGGAACAUAGUGUUUGAGAUGUUUCUCGGCGACUCGAAGCGGCGGGUAGAGCUCAUACUGUCCUCCUACCAUGGGGCGAACGCGUUCCGGGACGAUCUGAUACACGGCUUCAUACUGCUGUACUCGAGCAAGCGCAAAGCGUCCCUGUCGACACUGAGCGCUUUCUCGCUCAACAUUCCAAAUCUGCCAAUGCAGAUAGUGGCCGUGUCGGAGCAGGGUGGUGUGAAUGCGUUCUUUAAUAGCGAACUGUCCCAGCUGCUGAUCACCGAGGGCAACACGAUUGCGGACAAGCUGAGGGCACACUUCGCAACCGGGUCCGACGAUGAGGGUCAGUUUAAGUUCGCUUCGUUCGCACCAUUCCUGAAGGAGGUGUGGGACAAGAAGCCAGAAAUUGAGCACGCGUUUAAUCUCGAGGAACCGCUCACGAUUGAUUCCGGCGAGGGCACGAUGGAACACUCAAUGCACCACCAUCACCAGCAGCAGCAGGUACCACAACCACCGCCACGGUACGAAAGCUACCUCAUUAACGGAUCGACGACCACGUAUCGCGGAUCCGGCGGUGGACAGCAGCAACAGCAACAACACCAUUCGCAUCACGCGCAAUCGCAGCAACCACAAACUUUGUCCCAUCAACAGCAGCAGCAGCACGCGCAACAUCACCAAAAGAUAUCACAGCAGUUGUUCGACAAUCGGUCGAUCAACUCGCUGGACGAUCUCGACAGUCUUAAGCAGCAGCAGCACCAGCAUCAGCAGCAACAUCAGCACAAUAUGUACUACUACGAGGACAGUAGCGACUUCGACAAGUGUGGCAGCAAUCAGGGCUUCCAGAUCUAUCCGCCACCGACGACACCGCCGGAACCGGCACCACCAGACCAUCUGCUCAUACCGGCGUCCAUACUACGCCAGCUGAAGGCGGACACGGUUUCGCAAUCACAGUCCAGCCUGGAGGAGAUCAACUCUGACGUUAGCGGAUCCAAGGACUCGAUCAACACAUACGAUUCAGGCUGGAUAGACGACGGAUUUCUCAUCCAAAAGCAGGACAACAAGCAAAGUGAGGAUCUCUGGAAAAACAUGAACGCACACCACGCCUUCACCACUGGCCGCCGGCCGAAUCAGUCUUCGUUCGCCAAAAAGAUACGCCCGAAAGGACCUAGUCAAACGCUGAAACAGCCCGGCAAGCUCAAUCUGAAAAGCUUCGCCAUCGUUAACGAAGCAAUCGCACGGAUGAACAUUGGCGGUGGGGCCGGCGGUGGUGGUGAUAGCGGUGCCUCAACCGGUAACGCCGGCCUAGGCAUACCGAUGACGGAGAAGGAAAAGAAGAAAGCGAAGAAGUUACUGCAGCAGCAGCAGGCGCAGCUCGAACAUGCACCGUUGGCCGCACCGGAGGAUGACAGCGAGGAGUACGAGGAUGAGGCGGGAUACGAGCAGAUCAACGAUGCGUUCAGCGAUGCGGUUAACAAUGUGGCGAGUCAAUUAUUUACCACCUUUUCGGGCGGUCCCGGUGGCAACCAGGUUGGAGGGCGUGCGGACAGUUCGGGCGGCUCCGAUAUGGGUACGCACAAAACGAAACUACGUCAGAGAAGAGAAAAGGAGCAGAUAUUCAACAUACAAGAAAACUCCGACUCGGAAAGUGACUCCAGCUCGCUCGAGCGCAAACGCUCCAACGACGGCUACUCGAAGAUCAACCGCAAAACGCAACCACACAAACGGCAUCGCAAAAAGCGCACUGCUAUCCCGGUGCAGCCACCGAAAAUUCCGCUCGGUCCGUUCGGUUCUUCGGCCGGCGAUAUGAUGGGCAGUGUCGGUGCGAGCGGUGGCGGCGGUCCGCUCGGCGGCAUGCCAAUCAUGUACCAGAAGCUAAAGAACGAUCUGGGCAGCAGUGGGCUGGAAAAACAGGACAAACCGUCGCAGGAGCAGGACGAGUCGAGUGUGGAUAUAUCGUCGCCGCGUGACAAUUCUCCCAUAUUUGGCGUGUUACCGAAGGGUGGCGAUCGCGAAAAGUUGAUAACGAAACAGAAAAAUUGGUUCGGCAAGGAGAUCGACACGAGCAGCAAGAGCAGCAAGGAGUCGAAGGAUGUGCGCGGCAGUAGCAAAAAUGCGAGCAAAAGCUCGAAGCAUAAUGGAGCUGCGGCUGCUGCUGCCGCAGCGGCCGCCGCCGCCGCUCUGCAACAGUCCUCGUUGGCCAGCCUGAAGCAGUCGGAUAAGGUGCCGCUUGUGCCACUGUUUGUGGAAAAAUGUGUCAAGUUUAUCGAGCAGGAAGGGCUCGACUCAGAAGGCAUCUACCGGGUGCCGGGUAACCGAACGCACGUCGAUUUAUUAAAUCAGAAGUUUGCUGAAGAAUCGGAUGUAGAUAUAGAGAAACUCGACAUACCGGUGAAUGCGGUCGCUACCGCGCUAAAGGACUUUUUCGUGAAGCGUCUCAAGGGAUUGUUUAGUGCGGAAAUGAUGAGUGAGCUGGAGGAGAUCGCUGGCUCACGCCCACUCCAGUCCAUCACGAGCCUUAACAUGGAGGUUAAGACGGACCGUAGCUGCCGGUUGAUUGCUUUGCGCGGACUGCUUAACAAGCUGCCACCGAACAACUUUGCAAUACUGAGCUACAUCUUUCAGCAUUUCGUACGUGUGUCGGAAAACUCGAAGCUUAACAGUAUGGAUAGUAAAAAUCUUGCCAUCUGCUGGUGGCCAACACUGCUGCCGAUCGAGUUUACCGACAUGAUGCGAUUCGAAACGAUGCGCCCGUACUUGGAGGAUAUCGUGCAAACGAUGAUCGAUCAGUAUCCGUUCCUGUUCUGCGGCGAGGAAGCGUUCGUAAUGGUUUGAUGCGAGUAAAACAACCCGCCUGUUCCUGCU